GAGUGUAAACUUAGGCAUACUUGAAUGAUGGAUAUUUUAGUGUAUUCGCUAGGAUUUUAACUACAAAAUGUAUGAUACUGGAUAGCAAUGUCAAAUAUUCGUGUUGCAGUCAGAGUUCGACCACUAAGUAACAAAGAACAAGAGGAUGGCAGCCAAGAAAUAGUUCAGGUCAAGGAAAAUGUAGUCCGGAUCGAAAAUAUUAAGGUCCGUGGAGUUCCAGAGUUUGGUGAUACAGCUCGUGCACGUGCCCGCGACUUCACAUUCGACCAUGUGUACGACAGUGUACGAGGCAACGCUCCAUGCGCAUCGCAGGCUCAGGUCUUCAAUGAUCUUGGUGCACAGGUUCUCCACAAUGCGUUCGGCGGGUUUAACGCCUGCGUGUUCGCGUACGGGCAGACAGGUUCUGGCAAGACACACACAAUGAUGGGAUAUCCGGCGUCUUCCCAGAGUAGCUUAAACGAAGCAGGAACGGGAACAUCAGUGUGAUAUGGUUACCAUGACAAACAUUAGCUAGUGACCACCUGUUAAAACGAGGAUGAAUUUUUUUCUGAAUCUAAAGAUGUUUGUUAACUCUGGAAUGUUAUGAUCCCAAUUUGUGAAUGAGCUAGAAAAUUCUGCUGUUUAAAUGCACCUGAAUGAGUUGUGUGUAGGUAACUGGUUUAUGGAAAUUGCACAGGCCCUUUACAUUGUUACAGAUUUUGUUAAUUGUGUUACAGAUUCUGUGUGACACUGUUACAAAUUUUAUUAGUGUUCUAUUCUAAUUGUGAAACAGAUUCUGUGUGACAUUGUUACAGAUUUUAUAAGUGGUCCAUGUCAUGUUAACCAAUAAAUGCAUGUAGAAAUGCCAUAUUUAUGUCCACUAUGCAAAGGAAAAAAAUUCUUUUAUCAUAGAAAAUAGCGUCAAAUAAAUCAUUUUGAUGUUUAAAAUACAUAUAUUCAACCACAUUAAAUAGAAAACACUGGACUUCUGAUUUUUGAAUACUAAUUAAUCAGUGAUAUAAUUAUGGUUUGAAAUUGUCUAGAAAUUAAUCGAUGAAACAACUGUAAGGGCUAUGAAACAUUUAGUUUUAUUUACUUAAUUGGUAAUUUUCAACCUGUAUUGGGACCAAAAAAUUCGGGUAUGGAAAUUUUAGUUCAGAUUUGUUUCUAUUGCAAGGAACAUAACAAUUUUAUGUAUAUUUUGUUACAUUUAUUCUUUUGUUAGAGGAUACAAUAAUGCCUGUUACUUAGUUGGCUAAUUUUUACGCAUCAUUUUGUUUUGUUCUGUCUUGUGUACAAAAUCGUGCAGUUACGCCAUUAACCUGGAAACAUGAAUUUUGAUAUAUAUAUGUUAUUGAUUAUUGUCACAAACUGUUGCGAUAUAAGUUUCUGUUUAUGAUUUAUGACUUAUUACAUGUACUGAUUUAGUUAUAUGUUGCUCAGGCAUGUUGUUGUUUGGCAUUAAAUUUAAGGACUUCAACAUGUGUUGCAAAUGAAUUUAGAAAAUCUUUAUUUUAAUUUGGUAUUUAAGGGACUAGACAGCUGAUGGUCCCAAUAUAAUACAUAAUUUCACGCGAUUCAAAGGCUAUUUUGUCACUGUCUAACCUGUUUAAAAUUAGCAUAUAAUGGUUUCCCAGUUUAAAGUGUGUAUAUUUUGCAUGCGAUAAAAACAGUUGCAUAUAUUGACGCUAUUUUAAAAUUUGCUCGGAUUUACGUGGUAGACGAAGCCAGUAAAUUUCAAAUCGGAAAAAAAUAUGCAAAAAUGUGUUACAUCAGUAAGUUUUAAUACAUUGAAUCAAUUUAUUUAAGUUUUCAUCAAUUUUCUAUUUCUUGCAAUGGUAUCAUCUGGUGUCUAGUCCCUUUAAGUGGUAAGUUUCAUAAGCAAUAUCCAUUGAGUACGGAAUUGUACUGCAGAUAGUAUGGGGUUAAUCGUCAUAGAAUAUUCUAAUCACUUCCUGUGUGCUAUAGAUCAUGUUACUGUGAAAUCAUUAAUGUUCGUGGGGCAUUAAUGUUCGUGGUUUUCGUGGGUUGGGUGAUCCACGAAUUCAAGAUCGCACGAAAUAUAAACCCUUAUUCACUUUUUCAAUUGCCUUGUUAUGUACAUACUCUAGUAUAUUAUUUACAGAGGUCGCAGUAUACAGUGUUAAAACCUGUCUCACUGUAUAACUUACGAUCAUUAUUCUGUUAAUAUAUUAUAACUGCCUUUAAUAAUAAUAAUGAACCAAAUCAAUUAAAUGUGUUUUAUGCAGCAAAUGACAGUUAUAAGCACGUGUUUAAACGUGUGCUGUUAAUGAAAAUCUCCAAGUUUACAAGAUGUGCGUGAUGAGUGUCUGUACUCGAUUUUUUUAUUUAAUGAAAUAAUUAAUCGAUUACUAGUACAUUGAAGGUUACUAAGCACCGAACGUGACAAUAUACGCACCUUUUCGGUGUUUUCACAGUUUGCAAAAUUCUGUAUUGGCAUUCAAUGGCUUCCCCUAUCUGUAUUUAUGAUCAGGGUACAUCUUCUUUUAUUACCUUUAUUCCCAAUUAAAUCAAUAAGUGACAUGGGUAUAUGCACUAAUUGGCAUGUCGUACCACAUUAGCGAGUGUCAUAAACCGAGUGACGUAGAAGACGGAAAUCACGGGCCAGCGCGUGGAUAUUAUGCAGACGAUCUAGCACGAUCGCAUCUUCGAUUUUUUUUUCAAAUAUGAAAAUCCACGAAUUCAAGUACCCACGAAAUUGUUUUUUUUUCGGCAAACCACGAAAUUUCAUGCCCACGAACAUUAAUGAUUUCACCGUAUGUUUCUCGACAAUUGCUCCCCAGUCCAUUUCAGAAAGAUCAUGAAAUUCAUUUUUUUUUUAAAUGAAAUCAUACUUGACCUGAAUAAUUUUCUGUGCAUUAUCUGUCCUAACAUAUCAUCAUCCAUUGAAAAUUUGAUAUGAAAGUGCAUGAUGAAAGCCAUAUUCACUGUACCGAUUUUCUGUUGAUAAAAAUUGACGCUUUUGAACAUCAAUGUAAAAAUAAUCGUGUAGGUAUUUGAAUUUUUUUGCUUAUAAGAUGAUGAAUACGCUUCAAACAAUAUGGUAAUUAAAAAUAUUUUGGAUUGGUGUUAUGUAGUUUAACUUUUUAUUUAUUAUAGAUUAAAAAUAUUUAUGUAGAAAUGUUAUAGACAAAUAAAAAUAUAAGUUAAUAGUGACACAUGCUAAUUUUAAUUUAUACAGGGUGUUUUUCAUACACAUCAUCAAAUAACGCAAGGUUAAAGGCCUGAAAUAAAAUAUUGAAUUUUCUUCUCCCAUGACCAAACUGCAAAAAUCAGCUUGACCGAAAUGAUUUUAAUCCUUAUAUUUAAAGAUAAGAUUAUUUAUUUUGAUUUUGUAUUCUUGACCAAGCUUGUUUAAAUUCAAAUAUUUGUCGACUCUGACCAACACAGUAUAUCUAUCUGGGUCGUGGAAGUAAAUCAAAGAACAUAUUGCAUCUUGCCUUACAGAUUCUUUUCAAAUUUGUACAUAUCUCAGAUUUGUCAUAAUCUUUAUGUGCCACUGAAAAUCUGUGAUAAAUUUAAAUCUCGUCGAAUUUCUGUGGUAUAUCUGUCAUAUAAUGUGAAUUGUACACUUAAACCUCAUAUUUUCAAAUUAUAAAGACCACAAUUGUAGUCUUCAGUGUCAAAUUCAAUGUGUUUGCCUUCAAACUAAUGAUUUAUUAUUGGCUAAGAACUACCAUCCUCUUUAUUGUGAUGACUUUUGCAAGUAUUCUUUCCUCUUUUGUUAUGAAGUUGUACACAGGGAUGAUGAUCGGAAACAUGAAAAUAAUCUGGAAUUCUGUCCCAAAGCAGGGUGAAAUUCUAUCCCGAAGCAGGGUGAAAUUCUAUCCCGAAGCAGGGUGAAAUUCUAUCCCGAAGCAGGGUGAAGGGGCUAAGAUCCUUGAUGAAAUAUUGUUUCCAAGACCCUUAACAUUCAUUUCUACGAACUCCUUACAAUUUUGAUGCAAACGUCCAGCAUAUUAACCAACUUUACGACUCUAUGCUAGCAUUUAAACAGAUUUAGGUGGUAGAAAUAAACACAUGCCUGCAAGCCCUGGACUGUUAAAUAGUAGGGCUAGUUCAAAAAUUUGAUGCCAAGCAUAAGUAUAAGAUUUCGGUCUUGUUCAUCCAAAAGUCUAAUUUCGAUGACUGAGAUUUCAGGAUUAAUUCUGGAUUUUAUCAUUCCUGUGUACAUGUUGCAUAAACAAUUUUUUGUCUACUGUCUUACUAUUGUACAUUAAGUCGUUGAAAUUGCCUUGCUUUCUAAUGGUUACCUAAAAAUGUUGUAUCCUGCUUAAUUUUACAACCAAAUGGUUCUCAAGAUAAAUCCAUCAACCGGAAUCAUGACUUCCUAAUUAUGUGGCUGCAGUCAACAUUUAUGCUUUUGUGGCAGUCAACAAGUUCAGACGCACAAUAUUUUUUUUUUUUUUUCUAUUUUCUCCAUGUAAGCUGCACAGAAAGUGCCUAAACUAUUUUAUUUCAUACAACCAAAGAAAUAACCUAAUUUGUAUCCUAUUGUUAUCACAAAAAGGUUGUUUUCUGGCUCAAAAUUGAUUAAAUAAUUAAUAUAUUCAUAUAUAUAUAUAUAUAUGUUGUGUACUUGCUAUAGAAAAAUGUAUACAAGAUUAAGUUGUUAAGUUGCGAAACACAAUGUGAACAUUAACUUGUAGCUCUUUGUACAUAAAAAAAUGCAGUCACGUUUUAAGUCACUUUGCAAAUUAGUAUUUAAACUUCGCUUAAAGUCAUUUGCAGAAAAAAGAAUUGAAUCAACUUGAAGGCUUACUGAUUAUUGCAUAACCCAUUCUGUUGACCAAACAAAUAAUUUUCCAUGAAAUAGUUCUUUUUGCAAGUACAUAAUAUUUGUAAAUGACAUGUACUGAUCACAGGGUCUCCCAAAAAUUAGAGCAAUUUAUGCAAAAGUAUAAAUAAAAUAAUUCUGGUAAAAAUCAAGUCUCUCAGUAGCACUGUGUUGAUUGAUCAAAAUUAACUGGUCUAAUGUCAGAAUCCCCUGGAAUUCUGGUGAAAAAAAGGUUAAAAUGCCCUGGAAUUCUGGGAAGAAAAUGUCAAAAUCCCCUGAAAUUCUGGGAAAGAAAAUGUCAAUAUGCCCUGGAAUUCUGGUAAAAAAAUGUCAAAAUCCCCUGAAAUUCUGGGUGAAAAAAGGUCAAAAUCCCCCUUUUCUCUGGGAAAAAAAUGGCAAAAUCCUCUGGAAUUCUGGGGGAAAAGUCAAAAUCCCCCUUUUUUUCUGGGAAAGAAAUAUGUCAAAAUCCCCUGGGAUAGUCUUCAGGAAUUGGCAUGUAAACAUUGUGCACUAAAAGUAGUCUACAAGUACUCGUACAAGAAGUGUUUCGCAACCUCGAUUAUAAAUAACUAAAUCUCAAUAACAUUUAAUUGCUUCUUCGAUUUAAAUUAAGUACAUUUCGGCUAAAGUGUUUUAAGGUUAACCAAGUUAGACAACUGUGCAAUAUUAACACUACAAAAGUAGGGUAUAAAUGUGUUACACUAUUUUUAUUUACACUUGUUGUUUUUCUUUAUAUUACAAGGUAUUGAAAAUACUUAAUUAAUUUAUAUCUUUACAACUAUAAAUGAUUAACAAUGCUGUGAAAUUCUUUUGAAUUAUAUUAUUUUAAGUUGUUUCUGGUAUUUCUCACUUAGUCAUACAUAAAUUACAUGUAUUUAUAUUAGAUGCUGUUGUAAGUGGACUAUAUUAUGUCUAGCGGACUCAAAAUGAAGUUUAUUUUAUCUUCAGUUUACGCAGACAGCAACUGUAGAAUGUAGUAUUUAGGUUAUAUCAUUAGUGCUUGUUUAAAAUUUAUUUAAUCGUCAACUAGUGUAUCUUGUAGCCCCCACUAAGGGGGGAAAAAGCUUAGAAUAAAGACUUAUUAUAUGAAGGAUUCGGGUGAAAUUACAAAUAGUUCUUUAUGAUUACACGUCUGUAACGCAUGCAUUAUUGUGUUUAAUUUUCCCUUAAGUGUCUAUAUAAUAUUGUUUCUGAUCAAAUAAGACUGGAAAACAAAACCACAUCUGUCCUAAUCUCCAUCAUCUUUAGAGCCUUAAGUACUUUAUUAAAAUCCCAUUUUAAUGCAGUGUAAACGUGUGCAACUGAAUACACUGUACAUAAAUGCAACUGUUACUAUGUCAUUAAUAUCUACUAUUAUAUGAUACAAAAAAAAUCAUGUUUAAUUAUAAAACUUUUUUUUGUGCUAUUGGGGUAGUCCACGUGUAGAUAAUGGAUCAGGGUCAGGCAUAAUAAGUAUGUUGUUUAAACGAACACGUAUUUAUACUGAGUUUCAGAAGACAUGUUCUCGGUUAGAAGUGAAGCCAGUCAUAUUCACUACAGGUUUCUUAAACAACAGGCCCCAAUUUCUCGAAACUUCUUAAGCUUAACAGCUAGGCUUAAGUAGCUUAUUUGAAUUAGAUAAAAUACAUACUGAAAUUGAAUUUUGAUACAUGAAAAAUGGUAAUUUGCGAUCAUCAUAAUCAUAAUUCCUAUUCAAGGUAUAAAAACUCUUAAAGAAGUAAAUAUUAUGCAAAUUAUUGAAAAACAAAAAUAGUGAGCUUAGCUUAACCCUGUUAUAAGGGACUUAAUGAGUUUCGAGAAAUUGGAGCCAGGACUGUCCAUCUAUAUUUAUAUGGGUUUCUUAAAUCCAGGAUUAAUUCUGAAAAUUGAGAGCUUUUGACUUCGUACAAUUCAGUUGUAAAUACUAUUUUUAGCUCAGAAAUGUACAUCAAAAGCAGUAGGAAAUAUCUUUAAAUAAAUAUAAACAAUUUCAAAGGGGUCUAAGCCUCUUGACCCUGCUAUAGGCAUUAAUCCCUCAUACCAAAACAGACUCCCUUUUUUCAAGAUUGACAUUUAACAGCUGUUAGAAACCACUGACAUAAGCUUGCUGCAUGUACAUAAGGCAUAUUAUCAAUAAAUGAAAAUGAAUUGUAUUCAUAACAUAUAAAUAAACUUUGAAGCUUUGAACAGACUCCCUUUUUUCAAGAUUGACAUUUAACAGCUGUUAGAAACCACUGACAUAAGCUUGCUGCAUGUACAUAAGGCAUAUUAUCAAUAAAUGAAAAUGAAUUGUAUUCAUAACAUAUAAAUAAACUUUGAAGCUGCUCAUGACUGUACAGGUUAGCUUUAUUUCGAGUGAUAAAGUGAAAAGUGAAUAUUUCAGUAUGUCAAACAAUUAUGAAUGGACUUGUAUGUAAAGAAUUUAGGAACAGUGAAUUGAUAUCAUUAUCACAGAGUUGUGUUUGUUACAUUGAAUUUCCUUAUAUAGAUUAUGAUUUAUGAAUAUAUACUAAACAUAGAUAUUACUUAUGUUGCUGCUUCAUGUUCAAUGCCAUACUGGUGUUAAACUUAUUGUUUGCUAAGGAUAAGAUUGUCGUUCAUUUGAACAGUGUUUUUUGUCAUCUGUAACUAUAUGCAUCAUGCCGCUUUCUUCAUGGAUAAAUAAAUCUUCAAUCGCU